UCGUACCAAACACAGCCUCUAUUUGGUUCCAUUACUAAGCUUGCACUUGUUCCAUCGCUUCAAUCAUUUGUCAGCCUCUAACCACAGGCGCCCUUUUCCUCUUCUCAAGCACUGUACCUACUACUUACUGUUUGACGUCUCCUUUUUUGGGAUCCAUUAAUCAUGCCUCCCAGAGCCAAACGCCCAAAGUUGGGAUUCCGACGAAUGGAUGCAGCACUAGAUGCAAUGGAUCGCUUAGGGUUUUCUCGUCACAUCGUCCAAAAAUCCAUUAAAGACCUCCUCAAGGUUUAUGGAGAUGAAGGGUGGAUAUUUAUUGAGGAGGCUGCAUACAAGCUUCUGAUUGAGACUAUACUUGACACGCAAGGAGAAUCUGAGUCUAAUCACGAUCAUGAGCCCCAAAAUCAGUUAGCGGAAAUUGGCAGUGGCAAUACAUGUCCUAAUUUUCAGGAAAAAAGUGAGAAUCUUGCAGAACCUUGUGAUGAAGAAGUGUGCGAAGAGCAUGAUCAAGUAGAUGGCACUCCUGUGAAACUUGAAGAACAUGAAAAACAUAUAAUUGGAAACGUUCUGCUAUUUGAGUCUAUUUUACAGGACAUUGCUCCAUUACAUUCUACUCCGGUGAAAGAUGUUUUCCCAAGUAACCAAAUUCGCAAACCAUGCUAUGGAUGGAUUAGUGAUGACAGUGAUGAAGAUGAGAAGGAUCUUGCAUCGUUAUCCUCUGGCAAAGCACAUUAACUAGUGAUAAUGAUCGAGUAUUUAUCAUAAAUUAUGGAAGCUUCGUAUCAGAAUCCAUUUGAUAUGAUGUUACCAAAGCAGGGUAUAUCUAAGAUUCUGAUCAACCUAAAUUUGUUUCAACACCAUUAUGAGGAGUAAGAAAUGUGGUAUUUGGCGGUCUUCUGGAUUAUAAUCAUCAUCCUCGUUCAUCGGAUAAUGAUAUCUCUGCUCGCGGAGAAAGGAAAAAGGUGUACAGUGAGAGUCUCCUUCUUAGAUGGUCUAUUAAACUAAUACUUCUUUGUUUAUAGUUCCAAUGAUGGUAGUUGGAGAUAAUGCUGAAGGUGGCUUUGAAAUGCAAACUUGCAUUGUUAAACAUGUAAAUAUAAUUUAUGGUUGUCUUAGUCGAGUAGGUUGCUAUGGGAUAAUCUUAUACCAAAAUGCAUUAUGAAAGUAAUUGGGGUUUAAAUCCAUGCUGUGCUGCAAGUCUACAAUUACGUAAGAUCUGAACAAGAUGUGCCUCCAGGGGCUUGUAAACUUCAUUAUAACUAUUAUUAUACUUUUUUGGCAUGCUCUUCUGGUAA